AAGUUAGGUUAAACACACAGUGAGAAACAAAAUUAGAGUUAGGAGUGCCCACACACUAUUUACAAAGAAUUCAAUUGCCUACAACAAUGAACCACCACUACACGGAGAGCAGUAGGAGAAAGAAGGCUCUGGCAUUAUUAAACAUUGAAGUAGAUGGCAAUGCGAGCAGCAUUGGCCAAUGCGUGGCAGCUGACUAAUGAAGAAGAUGAGGCCUAUUUCAUCAACAAAACUGCAUCACAACCAACAUCACCAUCUCCACCACCUUUAGCUUCUUCACAGGAUUACAGUGAAGAUCAUUCUGUAAUCAUUGACGGUGAACAGAUUGAGGGGGAAGAGGAAAAUGAAAAAACAUCAAAGCUGUCAGGCAAAGCAGAUAAGCAGUCAUCGUCAUCAUCGCAGUCAUCCUCAUCAGCUGUGAAAGAUAAGGUGCCACAGCAGACAACAUCUACGGCUUCGAAGCAAGGCUCUGCCUCUGAACCGGCUCGCCUUCUAUCACCAGCUGUUAUCUCAGGAGACUCGGUUCUGCUCUACCUGUGCAAUAUGAUUCCCAAGCUGAAGAGCCGAGCCAGUAAACAAGGAGGGAGCGACCAGAGCACGCAGAGUAGUGGGGGAAGCAGCAGCCAAAGCAGCGGCUCCAAGAAAAAGGGCAAAGGAUGACGAUAAGUCCACUAUUAUUAUCAUUAUUUUUGUUACAAAUAUUCAUUAUAUAAAUAAAAACAUUAUCCAAAAGGUUCUAUUGUAUUUAUUAACUUAUAGAUUCCCGUGCAUGAAUGCCUAACUUGAUAAAAAGUAAUGUAGCUAGACAGCCAGCCAUUAUUUUAACCUGAAGAGUGCAGUCGGCCCUCCCUCCCUCUUAACCCUUUGUGUUUUAUUGAGGUUCCUAUGAGUUUUAAAUGAGGAAUCAACAAAAUGAGGUUGGUUGGGAGUAUGAUACAAUGAAAACGCAAUGUUUCUACUCGCCAUUCAUUCUCUAGAAUAGUAGAAGAGUUGUGUUGUAGUGAUAUAGUUACAAAUCUGAAAUAAUAUUAUUUUUGUUUUAAUAAUUUCAAUUUUUAAUCUUAUUUCCAGUAAAACAAUGGUUUUCUACAGAAUUCAAGUUUAUUCCGAAAUAUAAUGUUACAAAAGUAUGGAGUACAUUUUAUGUUUACACCCUGAGGUGGAAUUCUCAAGCAACGACUCUAACGACGGCUGUAUUAAGGGCUGUAGUCGACAUGUUAUAUAGACUACAAUAAUAUACAAUGAUAGACUACUACAAUUAAUACAGCGCGGCUAAUCGUUGCUUAGGAAUUCCACCUUAAAUGCGAAUGCAUGCAGCAACAGAUAGAGAGAAAAUCAAACGUCUGUAUGCAGACGUGAGCAUACAUAAAUGAAGACAGGCCGACUUCUGUGUGCGUUGCAACAUUCAAACACGGCAGGGAGUUUUCCUUGAGAGUCACAAAUGAUUAAUGAUACAAUUUGUAAGAAUUAAGAUUAAUGAAUGGGAGCCAAUCCAUGAUUAAAAUUGUGAAUUCAAUUGAGAUAAUGGGCCGUAUGAAUAAAAACUGUGCAUAUGCUCAUGAGCAUGGAGCAUAAGGUUUUGUUCAUGAGCAUUAGGUAGAAGCAUAAGAAUUUGCUCAUUUUUAUAUGAAUAGUUGAAUAGCUUCAAAAGUUGAGCAAAUUUUUCUAGUUUAUUCAUACAAUCUUGAGCAUAAGCUUUACUUUUGAUCAAAUGCUCAAACUAUUUUUUUGAUGAGCAAAAGGUUUUGCUCACAUUUAUUCAUAGAAGAUGAAGCAUAUUAUGCUCAAUAUUUUAGAAGUAUAAGCAAAUUCUCAACUUUAUUCACAU